AACGCGCAGUCCAUAUAUUAUACGUCUAUGUAAAAACUCUUAUCGGCCUUAUCUAUCGCCUGGGCCGCUCUCAUUCUUCUUUCUGAUUCAAUGCACUUUAUAAGGUAUAUACUGCCGCUAAAUGGCACUUGCUGUUUCAAAACAUAAUUUUUUGUGUGACAAACGCACAACAUUGCUCAUAGGUUAGGUUAGAUUAUAUGUAACGGAAGAUAAAAAUUCAUUACCAGUGUUCAGCUUUAGAACGCAACUUUGUAAGUUGGAUUGCAUCAACCGUAUCAGUUGGAUGUGCGUAAUUACGUUACUGGUAUAUGGACGGAUGAUUUGAAGGUCGCAGGCUACAAAAAAGUCAAGUCAAUAAACUUUACUUUGUAAAUAUAGAACGUUGAAGUUAGAAAGUGUACUACAUGUAACUAAAUGUAAACAAAAUUAUUAACAAUGAAAACUGCACCACAUCAGAGACUAGUCAUGGUCGGCGAUCGUGAUGGACUGAGAGAAUUAUUGAGACGCAGGCUGGUUGAAUGUGGAUGGCGAGAUGAAGUAAAGCUGAUCGCAAAAGAACUGAUAAAAGAACAUGGCCAUGAUAUUACAUAUGACACAUUACUGGCUACAGUGACAACAAAAGCACGUUCACUUGUACCAGAUUCAGUAAAGAAGGAAUUAUUACAAAAAAUAAAAAAUCAGCUAAUGGCUCAAGAAGAAAAAUUGAAAAUUGUGACAGAUCGUUAAGAAUUUUAUUCAAACCAUUACUAAACCGGAACAAUUUUAUAUUAGUGCUAUAUAAAAUUUGUAUAUUAUUACCAAAUAUUGGUACAACUUGUAACUAAUUAAUUAAAAAAAUAUUUAAUAAGUAUUAAUAAUAUUAAUGUAAUUAAUAUUACAUUAAAGUGAAUAUGAAUACUUUUUUACUUGAAAAACAUGUAUUUAUAAAGUAGAGAAAUAGUAAUAGAAUAGUAAUAGAAGUUGAGAGGAAUAGAUUCCAAAUUUUAAUACACGUGAUUAUAUAUACAGGGUGUCUUACGCGCGUAAGACAGCCCGAUGCACGCUUAUUCGCGGAUCUUUGUUAAUUAAAA